AUGGGCCUGGCCGCCGAGAGGGCGCUGCAGCUCAGGGCGCGCUUCCCCAACAGCACGCACCUGCGCAUGCAGCUGAAUCACGGCGCCGACAACGCCGAGGUGCAGGCGCUCACGGCGCAGCUGCUGCAACUGCCCCCCGGCGCGUGGCGAGGCAUCGUGGUCGUCCAGCUGUGCCGCAGGCUCCUGUUGCGCGACCGCCCGCUGCUGUGUGCGCUCAUGGGGGCCGUGGUGCGCGUGUGCCCACUGCUGCACAGCGCACACUCGGUGCUGGCGCCAGAGAUUCUGCGGGCCCUGGUGCCGGCCGCGGGCAGCCUGCAGCGGCUUGUGCUGCAGACAUACGACGGCGAUGGCGAGCCGGCGCGCGGGGACGCCUCGGAAGUCGAGGAGGCGCUCGCUGUGCUGCCGUGCCUGGAGCAGCUGACCGCCGAGCAGGGCCCGUGGCUCCACGGCUCUCGCGCGUGGGAGGGCCUGUGCGCCGCGCUGCCGCGGCUGCCGCGGCUGGCGCGCCUCAGGGCGGGCGCGCUGCACGACUUCCUGAGUUUGGCCGCCCGUGCAACCUCACUGGAGGACCUCAGCUUGUGCACAUACUUCCUUGGGAUUGGGCUUCAGCUGCCGAAAGUCGACCCCAACCCCAGCGUCAGGCGCCUAGAGCUCAGGAACCUGCGCGAGCUCACGAUCGACGCCCUCGACUGGCGCCUGCUGCCGUCGCUGGCGCCGGCGCUGGAGGUGCUGCGCCUGCAGAGUUGCGUGGAGACCCGGGAUCUCGAGGCCUUCGAGGGCGGGCUCACGUCUCUGCGCGAGCUGCGGUUGGCAGAGGUGGUGUCGCACAAAUCGCUCGACCUUGCUGUGCUGGCUAAGCUGCCCGCGCUGCGCACACUAGGCGUGGUCCUGGGGAUGCCACACCGAAAAGGUGCGGCGGUGGAGUGUUGCCAGGCCGCGUUUUCAUCCUGGGCGGCCGGGUGGCGCCACAUAACGCCACUCGAGCUGGGCUCUCACCCCGACUCUUGUGACCCCAUGCCUGUUGAUGUUGGCAGCCUGUUGCCCGUGUUUGCGGGGCAGCUGGGCAGCACCCUGAGGCACCUCACCCUCGACCCCUGCACACUUGUGGGUGCAAAGCACUCGCCCUUGCCGGGUGUCCUGCAGGCGUGUUUGCCGCAAUUCGUGGUGCUUGAGCGGCUUUCGCUCGGCUUCGACUGCCAGGCGUACUUGAUGUAUGCCACCACGGCGGGCGUGCGGGCAUCGUUUGGCGGGUUUGUUGUGACCGAGCCGUGUCUGACAGACGUGGCCGCGGCGGUGGCGGCGGCGCGGCCAGCGUGCCUGCGAGCCGUGCGGCUGCGGCUGCGGGCGGGCGGCCGCCGCCCCGCCCAGGUGUCCUGGGGCUGCUGCAUGCAGCUGAUGGCUGCGCACUCUUGGCUGCACAUUGACCUCGUGCCGCCAGAGGCGUGCCCGUUUGGCUGGUGA